AGGCAGGCUCCCGGGCCUGGGCGGGAAAGGGGGUGCCCAGGGUCCCCAUUCGGCCCCCGGAGGCUCCGACCGUGAAGUGGACUGACAGGAGUUUAAGAUUUUCGAUAGAAUUUAUCGCACCACUUGAACCAUUGCGUUUUGAGAAGGAACUCCAGAUUUUUCAUUUUUAAAGAAACACUAAAUGUAUAAGAAAUUGACAGAAUGGAGAACGAAAAGGAAAAUCUUUUCAUUGAGCCAUACAAAAGGGUACUGACGAAGUCACCCCUGAAGGAGUGCACCAGGGAGAAUGUCGCGCAGGCCGACCUGCCCUCGCCCACCCUGGGCCCUUUGACCACGCCCACCAAGCCCAAGGAAGUCUCCCAGGGAGAGCCGUGGACACCAACAGCCAACUUGAAAAUGCUUAUCAGUGCCGUGAGCCCAGAGAUCCGCAGCAGAGAUCAGAAAAGAGGGCUGUUUGACAACAGAAGGGGAUUACCCGAGGCCAAAGACUGUUUGCGUGAGCGCUUAUCUGGAGAUGAAUUUGAGAAGUCCCAACCAAGUCGAAAAGAGAAAAGUUUAGGCCUGUUGUGUCAUAAGUUCUUAGCGCGAUACCCUAACUAUCCUAACCCUGCUGUGAAUAAUGACAUCUGUCUUGACGAAGUUGCAGAGGAACUUAAUGUUGAACGUCGACGAAUUUAUGAUAUCGUGAACGUCCUAGAGAGUUUACAUAUGGUGAGCCGGCUCGCCAAAAACAGGUACACGUGGCAUGGGCGGCAUAAUCUCAACAAGACCCUUGGGACUCUGAAGAGCGUUGGGGUGGAGAAUAAGUAUGCCGAGCAGAUUAUGAUGCUCAAAAAGAAAGAAUCCGAGCAAGAGUUUGACUUCAUCAAGAGUUACGGUAUAGAAGAUCACAUCAUCAAAUCAAAUAGUGACCAGAAUGGACAUGCAGAGAUGUGUUUUGUUGAACUCCCUGGAGUGGAAUUUCGGGCAGCUUCUGUAAACAGCCGCAAAGACAAGUCCUUACGAGUGAUGAGCCAGAAGUUUGUGAUGCUGUUUUUGGUGUCAACACCGCAGAUCGUCAGCCUAGAAAUCGCUGCCAAGAUUUUAAUUGGUGAGGACCACGUGGAUGACCUGGAUAAAAGCAAGUUUAAAACAAAAAUUAGGAGGUUGUAUGAUAUAGCGAAUGUCCUGAGCAGCCUGGAUCUUAUCAAGAAAGUUCAUGUUACGGAAGAAAGAGGCCGAAAACCAGCUUUCAAAUGGACAGGCCCAGAAAUCAGUCCGAAUACCGGUGGCUGCAGCCCAGUCCUUCCCUCCGCCGCCUCCGACCUGGGGGUGAGGCGGUCUGCCAAAGAGAACUGUGCCAAAAACCUCUUCGCCUCACGCGGUAAACCCAACUUUACACGACACCCAUCUCUUAUCAAGCUCGUGAAGAGUAUAGAGAGUGACCGGAGAAAGAUAAACUCUGCCCCCAGCAGCCCCGUCAAGAGCAGCAGAGCUGAAAGUUCUCAGAAUUCUCCGCUCUUCCCGAAUAAAAUGGCUCAGCUUGCAGCUAUUUGCAAAAUGCAGCUAGAAGAACAAUCGAGUGAACCCAGAAAGAAAAUGAAAGUACAGCUAGCAAGAUCUGGGCACUGCAAGCCAGUGGCCCCGCUGGACACUUCAGCAAAGGCUGAACUGGAGCUGACCGCGCCAUCCCUCAUCCAGCCCCUGGGCGUGGUCCCCCUGGUACCCAGCCCUUUGUCACCCGCGGUGCCAGUGAUCCUACCUCAAGCCUCUUCUGGCCCAUCCUAUGCCAUCUACUUGCAGCCUGCCCAAGCCCCAACCAUGACACCACCCCAAGGUCUGAGCCCAACAGUCCGGCCCACCCACAGCUCUAAAGCAGUUGGAGCAAAAGAUUCCGCAGAGGCCACCAACGAGAAGGCCACCAAUGAUGCCACAAGGACUGAUAGUGCCUCCAGAGCUGGAAGCCUACUGCCAGCACCAGAGAGACAAGUUGCAAAGAACCGAACCAGGGAGGUACCUGGAGAAAAGGGCUCCAAGAGGCCCAGCACAUUUGAGGACUGUAUUUCUAAAAAGAAAUACAAAGAGGACUUAAAAGGAAUUGAAAAUGUGUCCGCAACCUUGUUCCCGUCAGGCUACCUGAUCCCUCUGGCCCAGUGCUCAUCCUUGGGGGCAGAAUCCAUCCUGUCUAAUAAAGAAAACUCAGGUACACUUUCCCCAAACCACAGGAUCUACAGCUCCCCAAUCACAGGUGUUAUUCCAGUGACAUCCUCUGAACUCACUGCUGUGAAUUUUCCCUCUUUUCAUGUGACACCUUUGAAGCUAAUGGUCUCACCAACCUCGGUGGCAGCUGUACAUGGUGGCAGGAACAGCCCGGCUCUUGCCUCCAGCCACCCUAUUGCCAUUCAGAACCCAAGCUCGGCCAUUGUAAACUUCACCUUGCAGCACUUGGGACUAAUCUCCCCAAGUGUGCAGGUCUCUGCCAGCCCCGGGCCUGGAUCCGGAACCAUUCCUGUGUCCCCAAGAAUAGAAGCAAUUAGUAUCGUACCAGAAAAUGCAGGCUGUCAGCAAGCAAGGGCCACCAGCUGUGACUCACCAGUCCCGGGCCAGAGCCAACCAAAUGGACAAUCGGUCCCGGUGACAGGGACACAACAGCCUGUUCCCGUGACACCCAAAGGGUCACAAUUAGUGGCCGAAAGUUUCUUCCGUACCCCAAGUGGACCAAUCAAACCAACUGGCACAUCCUGCAUGGAUUUCGAUGGUGCUAACAAAACCUCCUUUGGGACCCUCUUUGUCCCACAGCGAAAACUGGAAGUUUCAACAGAGGAUGUCCACUAAUUGACAGAUGUCGGUGUAAUUUAAUUUUCUAAAGACUUAUUUAAUAGAGAAGAUGUACACAGACUGAUUUGGAGAACACAAGCUUCAAAACUACUGUAAAUAUGUUGGAUGUUUACACGAUAUCAAAGCAGAUACUUGUUUUUGUCAAGGCUGUGUUCAGCCUUUCAGUCAAAAUAAAACAUUGGCCUAAGGUCUAUUAACUUCUGGGGCAAAAUGAUUCAUCAUUUCAACUCUGCCUAUACUAUUAUGCAAGUAACUGUAUUAAAGUUUACUUCAAGUAAAUAUGUUUGGUAUGCUUAACACAGCAUUCUUUUUCAACUUUUUGCACAAAGAAAAUGCUGUGUGGUGUAUAAUGUAUUUUUA